AUGAAACGUCAGCGUGUGGGCAUUGCUUGCGAUAAAUGCCGUGAUCUCAAAGCCAAGGUCCGAGCCGGUACCCCUCUCACUAUAUCGAGUGUUCCCAUCGCUAAUUCGAUUGAAUGCAGUGUGAUGGAAGACAACCUGUAUGCUCCAGGUGUGAAGGAUAUAGCUUCACCUGCACCUGGUCGAAGAGAAGACGGCGUGGUUCUCAAAUUGGCCCAGCCGAUACGGACGGAACUCAGCAUCAUUCCCUGUUACUUGCAGCGGAUACACCCACAAGGGGAGGAGUUUCAGGCCUAUCCAGGGCUGUUGAUUCAUAUGAAUCAUUAA